AAAGGACCGUAGGCGAUGGCAGCGAUAAGUCGAGCGCAACUCCUGCACCACCCAUCAACCUUCUUCUCCAGACUACCUUAUUCGCACUCCCCUUUCUCCAUCAAUACCCGCCGCCGCAAAUUCUCCUUCUCUUCUCUAUCCUGCACCUCCGCCUCCGCCUCCUCAGCAUCCACGAAUCUACCCAUUGUCGGAGACCUUUUGAAUUAUCUCAACGAAUCCUGGACUCAGUUUCACGCUACAGCUGAAGCAAAACGACAGGUAAUUGCUGCUGGUUUUCAUUUACUAAGUGAGAAUGAUGAGUGGGACCUUAAGCCUGGUGGGCGCUACUUCUUUACUAGGAACAUGUCUUGUUUGGUGGCUUUCGCCGUUGGAGAAAAUUACAUUGUUGGUAAUGGCUUUCAUGUUAUUGCUGCACAUACAGACAGUCCUUGUCUCAAACUUAAACCAAAAUCAGCUUCAUUGAAGUCCAAUUAUCUCAUGCUCAAUGUACAAACUUAUGGUGGUGGCUUGUGGCACACUUGGUUUGACAGAGACCUAAGUGUUGCUGGAAGAGUCAUUGUCAGAGCUAGUGAUGGUUCGUUUGUCCACAAGCUUGUCAAAAUAAAGAGACCUCUUCUACGAGUACCCACACUGGCAAUUCAUCUUGACCGCACAGUGAACACUGAUGGAUUCAAACCAAAUCUAGAGACUCACCUUGUUCCACUACUUGCAACAAAACCAGAAGAAGCACCUGCAGAAUCAAAAGAGCAAGGUACUUCGUCUUCCAAGGGUGCUCAUCAUCCAGUUCUUAUGCAGAUUUUGUCAGAUGAGCUUGGCUGUGAUGUUGAUGACAUUGUCAAUAUUGAGUUGAAUAUUUGUGAUACCCAACCUAGCUGUCUUGGAGGCGCAAACAAUGAAUUUAUAUUCUCUGGAAGGUUAGAUAAUCUUGCUUCGAGUUAUUGUGCUUUGCGAGCUCUGGUUGAUUCAUGUGGGUCUCCUGGUGAUUUAUCAAGUGAGCAUGCUAUUCGGAUGGUUGCUUUAUUUGAUAAUGAGGAGGUAGGUUCGGAUUCAUAUCAAGGAGCAGGGGCACCAACUAUGUUUCAGGCAAUGAGACGCAUUGUUGGUUCAUUAGCCAAUAGUUAUGCUGGUGAAAGUGCCUUUGACCGUGUAAUUCGCCAGUCUUUUCUUGGUAUGUAUCAACUAGAAGCUUUUAACUGCAUAAUUGAACUCUUUGCAAUGCUUCUGUUCAGAAUUUUGUUAAUGCUUUUAUUGCUUAUUAACAUGAACUUUCAAAUCUCUGGUUGUGUUUGCAUUCUGGUGGCAUGUUUCACAUAUUUGCAAUUACCAUCUGUUGUCUCAAUGAACCCUUAUGCUACCAGUGGCGUAACAUCUUUUCUCUUCAAAGAAGUUGCAAAACUUCAUAAUCUUCCUACUCAGGAAUUUGUGGUAAGAAAUGAUAUGGGAUGUGGAUCCACCAUUGGUCCCAUACUUGCUUCUGGGGUUGGUAUCCGUACUGUUGAUUGCGGCAUCGCUCAGCUUUCUAUGCACAGUGUGAGAGAAGUAUGUGGGAAGGAAGAUAUAGAAAUUGCUUACAAACAUUUCAAGGCAUUUUACCAGACUUUCUCCAGCAUAGAUAGGAAGCUUGUUGUUGACUAACUGGUAAAGUUUCUAUCAUUCAAGUAAUUCAUAUUUUGUACUUCACAACUUAUUGU